AUGGAGCCCGGUGAUAACACUCCGACGGCCGUGGCAGUCGACAACGAUUUCGAGACCGACUCCGCUUAUGCUGAGUCUUUCAAUUCAUAUACAACUUCACUGGCCUCAUCCGCUUUAGACUAUCGGUACGAAUUGGGCAGGAGAUACCAUGCCUACCGCUCAGGGAGACAUUUCCUCCCCAACGAUGAACAAGAACAAGAUCGUAUGGAUCUGACACACUCGGAGAUGAUGCUGCUCCUGGAUAACAACCUGUAUUUCGCACCAAUCAAAAAUCCUCAACGAGUCUUAGAUCUCGGUACAGGGACAGGUAUCUGGGCAAUCGACUUUGCCGACAUUCAUCCCGAAUCUCAGGUCAUUGGUAAUGAUCUAUCACCAAUCCAGCCUGGCCAUGUUCCCCCAAACGUCGAAUUUGUGGUUGACGACAUCGAAGAUGAGUGGGGCUACGAGGACACGCCGUUUGAUUUCAUCCAUGCACGCUACCUGGCCGGUUCGAUCAGGGACUGGCCGAGGCUAAUGAAGCAAGCAUUUGCGUGCACCAAACCGGGCGGCUGGGUCGAAUUCGACGAUUGGGAUUGUAUGGUUUCGAGUCCUGACGGGAGUAUUCCAGAGGACAGCCCCUUUUCCUACUGGCACAAGGUCGUUCUCGGACGCAUCGAGAAGACGAACACGGGCCGACCGGGUCCUCAUCUGGGCGAUUGGAUUCGAGAUGCCGGCUUUGUGAAUGUCGUUGUUAAGAGAUUCCUGAUUCCCCAUAAUAUAUGGCCGAAGGAUGCACGACUGAAGAGAAUUGGUGCUAUGAACCUCCUCCAAUGGGAACAAGGACUGGAAGGCAUCACAAUCGGAUGCCUCAGCCGAUCCGCUUCCGACGAGCCUGCGUGGUCAAUCGACGAGAUCCAAGUCUUGGUCGGGAAGGCCAGAGCCGAUUCCAAAAAUCGCAAGUACCACGGUCAAUACGACUUCUAUGUUGCUUAUGGCCAGAAGCCCGGAGGUGCAAGCACUUAG